AUAGGGUUGGUUUAAUUGGAGGUUAAUUUUUGAGUGAGUUAGGUCAAACAUUGGCCAAGUUCUUUGUAAAACGACGUCGUACUUGUUAAAAUGGAAACAUUUCAUUCUAAGUAAAACCCUAGUUAAACCCACCCAUUCUUCUUAAUCGCAAAACACCAGGGAAAAAAAUGGUGAGCAGAGCUACCUGUUUGAAGCUUCUCCGAUCAACGACGACGUAUCGCCGAUGCUUCUCAACAGAAACUCCGGUGGCGGUAUCAACUCCGGUCGUUACUCAAUACAACCGAAGAAACGCCGGUCGCCGGAAAUUGUCGGACCUUUUAAACAGAACAGACGCAGAAACUAAUUUGAAAGAUGCUUUAAACAAAUUGCAUAACGAAGGGAAACCCUUAAGAAAGCUAGAUAUUAUUGACUGUAUCAACCAUUUACGUAGAACCGAUAGGUUUGAUCUUGCCCUUCAGCUGUCUGAAUGGAUGGAAAGCAGCAAAAUUAUGAUCACCAAUGGUGAUCGUGCAAUACGGAUAGACCUUCUGGCCAAGACAAAGGGCACAGAUUCAGCCGAAAAGUAUUUCGACAGCCUGCAAGAAUCAGAAAAAACUAUUAAAACAUAUGGAGCACUUCUCAGCUGUUAUUGCAGGCAGAAAAAGAUUGAUAAAGUUUUGAAGCUUUUUGAGAAGAUGAAAGAGCUCAAUGUUACAUCUACCUUAAAUUAUAACAAUGUGAUAUCUCUUCAUUUAAACAAUGGCCAGCCUGGAAAAGUCUCUGCACUAGUUCAAGAAAUGGAGCAGAGAAAUGUUGCAGCUGAUUUGUACACAUAUAAUCAGUUGAUGAACAGUUAUGCUUCAAUGAAGGAUAUAGUAUCAGUUGAGGACGUUCUUGAAAAGAUGGAAAAGCAGCAGGUAAAGUUUGACUGGUUCACAUAUGCAAACCUAGCUGGGAUAUAUAUCAAUACCGGGCGCCUUGAUAAGGCGAAUGAUACUCUCCAAAAAAUGGAGAAAAUGGAAGAUAUGCACGACCGUGAGGCUUUCCAUUCCUUAAUCACAUUGUAUGAGAAAGCUUCUAAUCCGUCAGGAGUCAAUCGCGCAUGGGAAUUAUUAAAGAAAGUUUUCCCAACUCCCAGCAAGAUUAGCUAUCUCAUCACGCUUUUGGCUCUAUCCAAACUGGGGGACUUGGAAACCCUUGAGAAGCGUUUUAGAGAAUGGGAAUCAGGCUGUAAAUUCUAUGACAUCAAAAUUUCAAAUGUGAUGAUAGAGUCCUAUCUCAACAGAAAUAUGAUUGAAGAAGCAAAUUUGCUUUAUGAAAAUGUGUUGAAACAAGGUGUUGAACCCAACUUAAGGACUUUCGAUGCAUUCACAAAUUUCCAUAUAAAAAAUUCGCAGAUAGAUUCCGCUCUGAAGUAUUUGGAGAUGGGUGCCAGCAAGGAAAAUCCUAAGAAAAAAAGUUGGUUCCCUAUGGAUGAAACCGUCAAGAUGUUUCUAGCAUAUUUUGAGGAAAAUAAUGACCCUGUUAGAGUUGAGAAGUUCUGCGAGAUUAUGAAGAAGAUCAAUCGCCUCGAUUCUACUGUAUAUGACUCUCUUCUAUGCACAAACUCUGCAGCCUCUGAAGUAGAAUUAUGAACACCUUCAUGGUCGAGAUUCAAGAGCAUGAGAGGCUCAUAGCUCAAAGUUUCUCAAUCCAGUUCCAAGUUUAUGGAAUCUGACAAUAUCGGUCUACAUUUACACCAAUCCGCUAUUUUCCAUGCUCUUUAUGCUUUACAUUAUUAACAUUGAACUAUUGAAGGAUGAUACUGAUUUACCAAGAGAGUUAUGUCAGCUCACUGAUAUUUCUCCCCCAUAUUCGGUGUGAAGUCAUUUAAGUGAGAUGGAGCAUAUAUAAGAUAAAUAAUGCUUCUAUAUUCUCUAUAUUUGAUUUGAUAGCUCAAAGUUAUUUCAUUUUA